UUCCACUUGCUACCAUCACGCCGGGAUACCUUUUGCCAAAUAAACAUUACGCAUAUGCAAGUCAUUCUGACAAGACUACCCUGAGCGAGGUCACUCCUCGCUGGGAAUCAUCUAGCUAGCUGAGAUUGCAUUUUUUGUGAGAAAAGCUAACGGGAGGCUUCCUUAAUCGGUGUUUUGCGACCAGUGAAAAACUAGCUAGAUACAAAGAAUCCCACAUGGAGACCGUCAACAGUAAUGCCAAGUCGCUUCUGAACCAUGCUUCAACUCUAAACCUGCACACCGGGAAUUUAGUGAACCGGAGCCGUCUCAAGAAAAAAUGUCCAUCCUCGCCAGGCGAAGAGCUACAAGACUGUAUCCGAGCCACCCUGAGUGAGUGGUUCAACACAACUCCUCCCAUCACAGACAAGGAUCUCCCUGAAACGCUGGACUGCUCCAUCCCCCAGACCACAGAGGCCAUCACCCCGGAGGAGAGGGAGGAGCUGAAGGUGUCAGUCAAGCUGUUUCUGUGUGAGUCGGACCAGUCGGCCAUUAAAGAAGCGGUGGACUUGGCCUGUGUGACCCUGGGGGUGUCUCAGCUGGACUCUGUGAUCAUAGCGCCCCCUAGCCUCCCGGAUGGGGAGGUCCAGACGCUGGCCCACCUGCAGCCGUGCUGGGAGGAGCUGCAGGCGCUGGUCCACAGCCACAAGAUCGCCGCCAUCGGCACCUCCGACCUGGACAAGGACCUGCUGGAACAGCUCUACAACUGGGCCCAGGUGAAGCCCAGCAGUAACCAGGUGAACCUUGCCUCCUGCUGUGUGAUGCCUCCUGAUCUCACAGCCUUUGCCAAGGAGUUUGACAUCCAGCUGCUCACUCACAACGACCCUAAAGAGCUGAUGUCGGCCGCCAGCUUCCAGGAGGCGGUGCAGGAGAGCACCAGACAGCUGCAGGUGGAGGACUGGCGUCUGGACUGGGUCCUGCGUUACUCCAUCAUCGUCAAGAGCAGAGGCAUCAUCAAGGCCAAGGGCUACCUGGUCCACGCCAGGAAGAACAGCCAGUAGCUAGCCGGUUAGCUGCCACGCAGUGAAGAAGAACUCCUUAUGGAAGACAAACUGUCGGCAGAGUCAUUCUCCUUCUCUAGACACACAAACACACACGUGAGCCAGGCCUUUUGCUGCUGUUAAGCAUGGAUACAUCCAUGCUGUUACCACCUUUCCAUGUAGACUUAAUAUUAUACACGCUGUGUCGAUUGGAAGAUGUUUGGUAAAGUGCGUGGGUGUUUGUUUGUUUAGAGAAUGACAGGCUGUCGGUGGGAGAUUUCAGAAGAGUGCUGAAUCAUGACCAAUGCAUACUAGUCCAAACCACUCCCCCUCCUGACUGCAAGGAAGGGCCUCUGUACAUGACAGAGAUGCUUGGUAGCUAACCUCUCAUCCAACAUGGUGUCAAAACCAGGCUCCAGUGAAGUGCCUCUCUCUCUCUCCCUACUCCUCUUUUCCUUAUCUACACUUAGAGUUGUUUUUCCUUGUAUAAGUGGGCAUGUGGUGUCGAUUCUGACAUCACUCCAGGUUACAGUCUGGUGUGGAGCAUCCUGUCUGGUUUAUCAGGCUAGGGCGUAUUGGGCUGGGAAACACUAUUCUGUAUGAUUUAAGUACCACAAAAGGAAGUCAGUUUUAGAAUGUCGGUUUAGCUUUUUUUUGUUUUUAUUUACAGUAUGGACUUUACAGGUUUAAAUAAUCAGGCCAGAGAGAAAGAGCAGUCGUUUAGAGCAACCAUUGACAAUACCAAAAGGCAUUUGUGUGCAAAUGAGCAGCUUCCUCUAAUCUUCAUUGCUUUUUUGGAAAAGUUGUAUUUAAUAAUGUUAAUUAAAAGUAGGCUUUUACAUUUUACGACAACGGAAUCCUGUACAGUAGGGUUAAAAAUUCUGAGACCACAUUGAACAUUUAAUGUGGGCUUGAAGUCUGAGAAAGGCAAACAUUAUUUCACAUCACAAGAAGUUCUGCAGACCAUGUCACAUGGCGUUGGGCGAAACGAGGAUCGUCAGGUUCUGUACGACCUUAUGGAGACCACGUGCUUGUUGUCACUAAAGCAAAGGGGCGACAUUCCACUACCAUGGUGAAACUCAUUAACUUCUUUCAAAGAUUAAACUUUUCGCUCAAAUUAUUAAGAUAUCAUUUAAAAAUAAGUGUAUUACAUUUAUUUUACAUUUUCACUAGUAGUCUUGUAGUCACUGAACACUACUGGAUAUUACACAUUUCUUCAUGUUGAAUGUGUUUAUUAUGCUUUUCUUGUUGCAUUUUACCUUAUUCUUAUCUUUUAUUGACUGUUUCUAAAGCAUGUCCUACCCCCAAACAGUACUGUGUAUGAGAUUGAAACUCUUUCGCCGCGAUAUGGCAAUAAUGAAAACCUCAAAUGUACUGCAAUUACAUAGGGACUUGCAUGAAGACCUGUUCCUUAUAGCACUGGAAAGUUUCAGGGUCCAAAAUAUGAAGGUUGUACUGUAAACAAAGAAUAUAUUUUACGUCAACAUUCAUUCUGUAUAUCAUGUUUUAAAAUCGGGUCUAUUAAAAUGAUGAAAGCAA